ACUUUAUUUUAAGUUUGAUGUUAAAAGACAAAACGCGUCGUUUCCUCAUAUAACUCAGUCCGCUCUGCACACACGAACUGAAGGUGCGUUUGAUUGUCUUUGAUGAUUAAUCACAGGACUUGCAGAGAAGACAAAUAGAAAUGAUAAAUGUAGAAAUGAAGAAGAAGAUUGUUUAUAAAACGUGACAAAACACUGAUCUUAAAGUUGAAGGUUGGAAACUCUGUCAGUAGUUACUGCGGCUCCCACCUUCAGUCCUCUCGACCUACUCGGUCCUUUACCCACACGUUUUCAUCGAGACAAGAUGAAACAUUUAUUUUUGUUUCUUCUCUUAUGUCACGUUUCAUCAGCAGUCAAACACUCCCUGAAGUUUUUCAUGACUGCGUCUUCUGGACUCCCAAACAUCCCGGAGUUUGUUGGCGUCGGUUUUGUUGAUGAUGUUGUGAUUCUUUCCUGUGACUCCGACAAAAAGACAACAGAAGUCAAACAGGACUGGAUGAAAAAGUUAUUCCAAAAUGAUCCUCAGCUAUUUGAGUUAUACAACCAAGCGUGUUUGAUAACUCAGCCCAACUUCUUUAAAGCCACGAUUCAUACGUUGACGCAGCGCUUCAACCAAAGUGGAGGUGUUCAUGUUUUGCAGGAUAUGAGUGGCUGUGAGUGGGAUGAUGAGACUGGAGAGAUUAAUGGAUUUGACCAGUAUGGUUAUGAUGGAGAAGACUUCAUAUCAUUUGACCUGAAGACGUUGACGUGGGUCGCUCUAAAACCACAAGCUGUCAGCAUCAAACUGAACUGGGAUGCUGACAAAGCAGCAAUAAAAAGCAAUGAGAUGUACCUCACUCAGAUGUGCCCUCAGUGGUUGAAGACGUGUUUGGCUUAUGGCAAGAGCUCUCUGCUGAGAACAGAUCUUCCCUCAGUGUCUUUCCUCCAGAAGACUCCCUCCUCUCCAGUCAGCUGCCACGCUACAGGUUUCUACCCUGAGAGAGCCACACUCAGCUGGAGGAAAGAUGGAGAGGAGCUUCAUGAGGACGUGGAGCUCGGAGAGAUCCUCCCCAACCACGAUGGAACCUUCCAGAUGAGUGCUGAGCUGAAUCUUUCAUCAGUCACACCUGAAGACUGGAGCAGGUACACCUGUGUGUUUCAGCUCUCAGGUGUGAAGGAGGAGAUCGUCACCAAACUGGACAAAGCAGACAUCAGGGCCAACUGGAAUAAGACUGAGGUUCCAGUUCCUCCCUCAGAGUUUCCUACUGGUGCAGUUGUUGGAGUUGUUGUAGGACUUCUGCUGCUGACACUCUGCAUCUGUGGACUCCUCAUGUGGAGAAGGAACAGAACUGGCUUCAGUGAAGAUUGGAGGACUUCAGUGAUGUUACUGUGGAUCAAAACUGUUAUUACUUGAGCCUAAACCGACUUUGAGUUUGUUAUUUUUAAUCCAAGUGUGUUUAUAUUUAACACUGAGAUAUGAAGUCAAAGAACCUGUCAGGUGACAGAAGGCUUCCUGUUUGUUAAAAAGGCCAACACCACUUAGAUAAUUCCCCCUCCCUGUCUGAGAGUGGUAUGUUCCACUCUCCCCUCUUAGAGUCAUUAAGAUAAUUAAACCCUGAAAACUGGUGUUACUACAUUUGUUUGGUUCUUCUGUGCAUCCGCUGAACUGUGAGUAUUAUGAGUCACUAAUUAAUAUAAUUUUACACAUAUUUCAUUGCCUCUGAAUGUGGUUAUUAUUUCCUGGUUACGCUAAUUAAUCUCACUUGAGGACAAUUGAGAGUCUGCAGUUUUAGCUUUACGUGUGUCCAGCCUGUACUGAUGUUACUGCAGUCGGUGUACUUGUACUUUUUAUAUUUCGUUUCUCAGUUUGUUGCAUGGUCACACUCUUACUUAGUCUGUAAGCUUUUUAGACCCUACAAAGUGUUACUUUGCGUGUAGUUUAAUGUUUGUUGUGUUGACAGGCCUUCAGAUUGAAACAGAUCCUGUGUGUGUUUAUGCUGUUCACAGCUGCCUGGUUUAGCUGUCAGUUUUUACUUCAGGGAGAAAAGUUAAUGUGGACAACAUUGUGGCUCCACCUUGUGGCAGAGCGAGAAAUCAAUCCAGACAACCUGCUCAUCGUUUGGUUCAAUAUGAUGACCGAGCUGAAAGUUUGUGUUAUGUUUCUUAUCGUGUUGUAUUGUUCUGGUUUCAGAAACCACACACACAAACACACACCUACAGGCCUAAACAACCAGCAGAGGCAGUCCUGUGCACCUUUUCAAGCCACCUGUCAAUAAACUUUAUUGGACUGUUAGUGAUGUGAUCGAUCACUUCAGUGGUGAGAACUGAUGUUGCUGUCCAGCUUUUUCUACUGUUUCUGCACCUUAUUGGACAUUAAAGAAAAACAAGGACGAUGUCUCAUUGAGUUUAUAUUGUGAGGCUGUCAUUUGUCUCUGAUGAUUCUGACCAAGUCCAGUUAUGGGAGACAAACUCACUCCAAGCCCUUAAAGUGUGUGUCUGUGUGUGACAGGUUGUGUUUUGCAUCAGGCCUGUUAACACAGAUAUGACUUACGGUGCUUCACAAACUAAAAGAUGAGAUGUUUAUUCAGUUUUGAGUUCAUUAAUCUUUGGUUUGUGUCUGCUGAUCUGACACAAACUUUCCACUGUAGAUUAAAAGUCUUUUUCUGGACUGUUUUUUGGAUUUACUGUUUGUUAAAGUGGACUUGAUGCAGUUUCACAGUUUGUUUCUGACCUCACAGCUCCUGAUGAAGACUCUGAGGCCUCUGAGAACCUGAAUCCAAGACCUGAUUGUCGGUCGUCCUCACUGAGUUCCCUCAUGUGACACGUAUCACACUGUACAACACGACAAACUAAAUGAGACGAAAAUUUGCUUGCUGUUACGUAACUGAAUGAAUAGUUGUGAUUUAUAUGAUUUGAUGGAUGGAUUUAAUGCUGCACUUUCAUAAAAAGGCUCACCUUCCUUUGGUACA